AGCGUGCUGGCGCCGCAUCCGGGCAUUUCACGCGGGCCCCGCCGCGGCUCGCGCUCCGCGGGACCCCGAGGCUGGCCCUUCUGGGCCCGGCCUCCCACCCCGCCAGAAAGAUGCCAUGACACGAAUAUUCUCUGGCAUUCAGCCUACCGGAAUCCCGCACUUAGGCAACUACCUGGGAGCCAUUGAGAGCUGGGUGAGACUGCAGGAGGAGCAUAGCUCUGUACUCUAUAGCAUCGUUGACCUGCACUCCAUCACCAUCGCCCAGGACCCAGCUGUUCUCCGGCAGAGCAUCUUGGACAUGACUGCUGUUCUUCUGGCUUGUGGCAUAAACCCAGAGAAAUGCAUCCUCUUCCAACAAUCUCAGGUGUCUGAACAUGCACAGUUAAGUUGGAUCCUGACCUGCAUGGUCAGACUCCCUCGGCUGCAGCAUUUACACCAGUGGAAGGCAAAGACUGCCACGCAGAAACAGGAGGGAACCAUGGGCCUGCUCACCUAUCCAGUUCUCCAGGCAGCUGACAUUUUGUUGUACAAGUCCACACACGUUCCUGUAGGGGAGGAUCAAGUCCAGCACUUAGAGCUAGUUCAGGACCUAGCACGAGGAUUUAACAAGAAGUACGGGGAAUUCUUUCCGGUACCCACAUCCAUUCUCACAUCGAUGAAGAAGGUAAAAUCCCUGCGUGAUCCGUCCGCCAAAAUGUCAAAAUCAGACCCCGACAAACUGGCCACCGUCAGAAUAACGGACAGCCCCGAGGAGAUAGUGCAGAAAUUCCGCAAGGCCAUGACGGACUUCACCUCGGAGGUCACCUUCGAGCCAACGCGCCGGGAGGGUGUCUCCAACCUGGUGGCCAUUCACUCGGCUGUGACGGGGCUCCCCGUGCAGGACGUGGUGCACCGCAGUGCGGGCCUGGACACUGGCCGCUAUAAGCUGGUGGUGGCAGAAGCUGUGAUUGAGAAAUUUGCCCCGAUUAAGCGUGAAAUCGAAAAACUGAAGCUGGACCAGGGCUAUCUGGAGAAAGUUUUACAGAUGGGGUCAGCAAAAGCCAAAGAAUUAGCCUACCCCGUGUGCCAGCAGGUGAAGAAAAUGGUGGGAUUUCUGUAGGGAGUUUCAACCUAAGUGCAAAGAAGGUUUUUAGAUCCUGUGGUCUGAACACUCUGAUAAUAACAGCAUUUUCCAGUGAGCAAGGUUACAUCCUUUGGGAAUGUUCAAUCUGAUUAUUGGCUUCGUUUGAUGAAUAAUUUCAUAUAGCCCUCAAAUAGAGCAACGUUCUAAAUGCCAGGAACGAAAUUCUGUGACUGGAUGGAAGAAAUGAUAGAUCAGGUGUGAAGUACUUGCCUGGCAUGUUUGCCAUCCUUGGUACUUCAUAAUGACCCUCCUUUCCCCUUUCCCCACCUCAAGAGUGAUCCCUGAACACAAGGAGUAAGCACUAAACACUGCAGGCUGUAAUGCAAAAUGCUGUCGCCAAAUAAACUCAUAUUGUAUGACUCCUCAGUUAUUUGAGAUAUGCUCCUUGGUCUGAGUUGAUCUUCACAGAUAUGAGUGAGGUAGGUAAUUGUUGGGCAGUCUCAUUUGUAUCUCUCUCUGAAGUACUCACAGUAACCCCCUUUAUCCCAGGCCUAAAAAUCAGUAUACGGACAUCUUAAAAUUUUAGUCCUUGGCAUCUGCACUUGUUUGUUCAUUGCAGCACUCUUUACAAUAGCCAGAAACUGGAAGAAACCUGAAUGCCCAAGAACAGAUGACUGGUUAAAGAAACUUUGAUACAUCUACACAAUGGAGUACUAUGUAGCUCUUAGAAAAGAUGAAGUCAUGAAAUUUACAUACAAGUGGUACAACAUGGAAAGUAUCAUGCUAAGCGAAAUGAGUCAGAAAGAGAGGGAUAGACAUAGAAAGAUUGCAUUCAUCUGGGGGAUAUAAAGUAACAAAAUAGGAGAUUAAUACCCAAGAAUAGCUGAGAUCAGCACCAGGAGGAUUACUCCAUAGCUUAGUGGCCAGUUGGGCAUUCUAGAGGAAAGGGCAGCUCAGCU